AAUACUCAGAGCUAAUACCUCAUAUAAAAGAAUAGUGUGUUUUUGCUCAUUUAGUUUCAAAAAGAGAACGAUCGUCGAACUAUAUAGAGUUAAUACGAGGAUCUAAAAGUUGAUUAAUUAUUCAAAUUUAUUGGGCCGAUUUGUCACAUCAUGGAAAAAUUGAAAGUAACACAAGAUUAUAGUUUGGUUGAAAAACAGAAGUUAAUUUACCAAUGGAAAAUAGUGGAGUUUAUUUCAUUGAUUCGUCUAUACAGCUAUUCUAAAGAGUCUAAUACUCUUCAAUCGAAUUUUCGAGAUCAUGUUGAAGAUUCCCAUGACCAUAAAAUUCGGUAUUUGAAAUUGAAUUUUAAUAGUAGAGAAUCAGCGAAUAAAGGAUGGAUAUCAAUAGCUUUAAGUCCAAACAUCAAAUAUUAUGCAGAAACUAAAUAUUCACUAUAUGUUUUGGAUAAUCUACAUAAAAAACAGUUUAUUCAAAUAUUUGAUAAAGUCUUAGUGAAAACAUCUGAAGAGUUUUGCAUUCCAAAAUUCGUUGAAAUAUCUAAAUUAUUAGAAAUGAAAGAUAAAUUUCUACCUAACAAUCAUUUAACAAUUGGUGUUGAAGUUACUGGAUUCAUCCGCACUAAUUCAGAUCGAAUUGAAAGUCAAUUUAAAACUCCAAGGAAUCAAAUAAUACGUGAAUUAAAAGAUAUUUUUGAGAGUAAGGCCGGUAGCGAUGUAGUUCUUCUCGUUGGUGACAAAAAAAUUAAAAUUCUUGCGCACAAGCUAAUUUUGACGACUUGCAGUCCAGUGUUUGCAGCUGAGUUCUCAUAUCAACUAAAAAUAAAAGGAGGAAAUGAAAUAACUAUUCCUGAUAUGGAUCCAGAAGUUUGUGAAAAAUUGUUGGAAUAUAUUUAUACUGAGAAUGUAACUGGUCUUGAUGAAAUUGCUGAGCGUUUAUAUGAACAAGCCAUUAAGCAUCAGCUUCCAGCUCUAAAGAAACUUUGUGAAGAUUCAUUUUGUAGGGGCGUGACAGUUGAAAAUGCUGUUAAAUAUCUUGUUCUGCUGGACCGCCAUCACGCUGAUAAAAAAUUUUUCGACUUUGUUCUAAAAUUCAUUGCCCGUAAUUCCAAAACUGUUAUUAAAACUCCCGAAUUCAAAGAAUUAGAAAAAAUAAAUCCAGGGUUGUUAACAACUAUAGUAACAAUGAUCGCCAGUAUCAAGUGAAUAGCAAGGUAUAGUCGAACUCUUUCACUAUUAAAAUAAAUGUCUUUACUUAGUUAUUCAUGAAAAAAUAAUUACCUAGGUUUUCUAUGUUUCAGAUCAACACACUUAUGUACA